AUGGGUCCUAAGAAGAACACCGGCGCUAAAUUCCCCCGGAGAGCUCCUGGCCCGGGAGUUACUCGUCGACAGACUCGUGGUCAACGACAAGAGGACCUCUGGGAAGGACUCACCGAUAGAGGAGAGGCAUAUGACGCCCAAGGCAACCAUGUGUUAGUGCGCCCGGUGCGCCAGCGUCGAGGCACACAGCAGUUGGCGGCGCAUCCUCCCCCUCCCCCUCCACCGCCUCCUCCUUGUCCGCCACGGAGGCCAUCCCCACCAAUUGCCUCAUCGGAUGAUAAACCUGGUGAUAAAGCUGGUGACGAACCUGGGGCUGGACCUGAGGCUGGGCCGGACGAAGAACCUAAGGCUGGACCUGACAAUGAAUCCGAGAACAGAUCUGGUAAUGAACCUGAUACUGGACCCGGCGAUGAAUCUGAGGAUGGGCCAGAUGCUGGACCUGAAAAUGCACCUGAUGAUACUGCAGGUCCUUCAUUGGCUCCUACGUCGUCAAAACCCCCUCCGAGAAAGCCCCUCCCAACUGGAAGACCAACGAAGGUCACGAUCAAGUUGAACCCAUCGAAGUCCACGACGGCGCCAGCUGCAGAUACACAAAGCGGUACUGAAAGCGAUGAUUCAGACUCUCCCGUCGACACAUCCGCGGUCGGAUCCGACAGCGAUGCAUCUGACAACGUCAGUGAUGAAGAAAGCCCGAAGAAGAGGAAGAAGAAGGGCAAGGGAAAGCAGAAGGCAACAGACAACAAGGCAGACACCGACUCCGAACCUGAACUCAAUGAAGUAAGCUCUGAAACUGGGGAGCCCGAAGACGAGGUCAGUCAGAACGACAGUGAGGAGCAGACCGACAGCUCUCGGAGGGACGCAAGCAGUGACCCAGAAGGUUCACAGGAUGGCCGCCAGGUUCCAGCCGACGAGGCCACGCCGCCAAGAGAAGCAACUCCCGAGUCGGACGGAGGAAAUUUCGGGCACAUCUCCACCCCUUCGAAGACACCUCGAGACAGAAAGGGAAGGAAAAGUGAUAAUCCCAUUCCAAUAGACGGCGGCGAGUCGGAGCAGAGUGAUGUUGACUCUGAAAAACGGAGCGAAGAGUCUCGUCAAGAAGAAGAAGAUGGAGAGAAUCCUGAGCAAGAGAGGGACGAGGAGUCUAGCCUGUAUCCAAGCACUAUUGUCCACGAUGACAGCGAUGAUGAAACGGAAAUGCUGGUUCAUGAUAGGCCUGACCCAGACCAAACCAUCGACUACGGAGACAACACUCUCAACCUGACGGACUAUCCGAGCUCGGUUAUCGAAGGUCCCAAUCGGAGUGGAGAGUACGACGGGAGCGAUGAGGACGGUGACAACGAGUAUCGUGACCAAAGUAGUUACGGCAGAGGUGGCUAUGGAGACAACGAUGAUCGCGACGAUGAUUCUGAGAUCCACCUCCCCGACUACACAAUGUUCGAUCCCGACGAGACCGGGGGUCAGCCUGAAAUGGGCCGCGGCCAAGGCAGCGAGUCGAAUCUUUCAAGGCAGUCGUCGCCGGGCGGUGUCUCGCCAGGUUUCCCUCGUCACAAUCGGUCGCCUAGCCACUCUCCAGACCCAUCUGCUGGGGGACAGCAACAGCCGUCUGGCUCGAGCGGUGGGCAGGGCUCUACAGCUCAGAGCCGUCAAAGUGGACAGUCCCGGGUGUCUUCUAGCGGCAACAAGGGCUCGGCGUCAGGAGGUGGAAACGGCUCUGCUGCAACGAAGACGAAGAGUGCCACUUGCAAGAGAGGCAGGCCUGAAGAUGUUUUCGCAGACAGCGAAGGCAGGCCACGGAAGCGGCAAAGGGAGGACUUGGGCAAGGCUACAAUGCCGACGAUGAGCAACAAGAUUCGCUGCGGUUACCGGCGUUACCCACGCCCUUUGGAGUCACAACCUCAGACAUCAGACAAGCGGGCAUCAACCAAGAGACCAAACAGCUCGAUUGACGAGACAUUAGCGAAGCCUUGGAAGAAGAUAAGACUUGUAUAA